GGCAGCCUCCAGGUUGGAUACUGCCGACUCUGAGCAAUGGCCGCGUCUGGGGACCCUGGGAGGCAGUGGCAGGAGGAGGUGACGGAGGCAGCGGCGGUGGUGGUGGUGGGUUCCUGCAUGACCGACCUGGUCAGCCUUACUUCUCGUCUGCCAAAAACUGGAGAAACCAUCCAUGGACAUAAGUUUUUUAUUGGCUUUGGAGGGAAAGGUGCCAACCAGUGCGUCCAAGCUGCUAGGCUUGGAGCAAAGACAUCCAUGGUGUGCAAGGUUGGCAAAGAUUCCUUUGGCAAUGAUUAUAUAGAAAACUUAAAACAGAAUGAUAUUUCUACAGAAUUUACAUAUCAGACUAAAGAUGCUGCGACAGGAGCUGCUUCUAUCAUUGUCGAUAAUGAAGGCCAGAAUAUCAUCGUUAUAGUAGCUGGAGCAAAUUUACUUUUGAAUACAGAAGACCUGAGGGAAGCAGCCAGUGCCAUCAGCAGAGCCAAAGUGAUGAUCUGCCAGCUAGAAGUAACUCCUGCAACUUCUUUGGAAGCCCUGAGAAUAGCCCACAGCAAUGGAGUGAAAACAUUGUUCAAUCCGGCGCCUGCCAUUGCUGACCUGGACCCCGAGUUCUACACCCUCUCGGAUGUGUUCUGCUGCAAUGAAAGUGAGGCUGAGAUUCUGACCGGCCUUGAGGUCUGCAGCCCCACAGAUGCUGGGAGGGCUGCGUUGGUGCUCCUGGAAAGGGGCUGCCAGGUCGUAAUCAUCACCUUAGGUGCUGAAGGAUGUGUGAUGCUGUCACAGACAGAACCUGUCCCAAAGCACAUUCCCACGGAGAAGGUCAAGGCUGUGGAUACUACGGAUUGUGUAACUCUGGGGAGUCAGCAGAUCGGGAAGAACCAGAUAAGAUUUCUGGCCUCGCAGAGGAGUUUUGACACAUGGAAUUGCCUCAGUCAAAGCUCCUGGUUGAAAACCAGCUGUGUUACUGGCAUGGAGCACUGGGCACCAUUGCAGUGCUACCACAGACAUCGCAGAAUUCAGCUUCUCUGCACUCAGUGUCACAGCCAGAAAAUGUUCCUUCCAGUCCCCUGGGCUUGCAGGGUGCUGGUGACAGUUUUGUGGGCGCUUUGGCCUUCUACCUGGCUUACUACUCCCAUCUGUCCUUGGAAGAAAUGCUCAAGAGAUCUAAUUUCAUCGCAGCGGUCAGUGUCCAGGUCACAGGAACACAGUCAUCUUAUCCAUACAAAAAAGACCUACCCCUUGAUCUGUUUUGAUUGCUAUUAACUCCAAAGUAAAUAUACCUGGAAAUAAAAUGUACUUAAGGAUGAGCACUGCUAAUUAGCAGCUUACUAUAAAAUGCCACCUCCUUUCUUUGCAAAUAUUAUGUUCAUUUACCAAGUCA